CAUAAAAAUAAAAUGAGUAAUGGAUCAGUAAAGGAUAUAUUAAAAGACAAGAAAAAAGUGAGAUUUGUAGCUGAGAGUGCAUUUAAGUAAGUGGAUAAAGAUGGUAAUAAAAUGAAUAUAUAUGGAAUAAUAGGAAGUGGAUAUCUUGAAAGACCAGAACUUGAAGAAGUAAUGAAUAAUGUAGCAGCUGAUUUAGGAGUAGAAGUAUUAUAAGAUAAAAUAUGUAAAGCCACCUACAAGUGAAGAAAUUGAUGAAGUUUUAAAAGAAUUAGAUGAAAAUGGAGAUGGAAAAUUAUCAAUAGAUGAAUUUUAAGUACUUAUUGAGUAAGUUCUUGAAAUGAUGGCGAAAGUCGAAGGAUGAUAUUAAUAAUAUGCA